AUGCCAGCAUACGACCCCGACAAAUGGAUCUCAACCCUCCUAACCUGCCAGCACCUCCCCGAAAACGACAUGAAACUCCUCUGCGACCGGGUCCGCAGCAUCCUUCUUGAAGAGUCCAACAUCCAACCCGUCAAGAGCCCUGUCACCGUCUGUGGGGACAUACACGGACAAUUUUGGGAUUUACUUGAACUUUUGAGGAGGGGAGGGGAGGUGCCUGAGAGGAGUUAUGUGUUUAUGGCGAACAGAGGGUUUUAUAGUCUUGAGACUGUGUCACUGUUGCUUGCAUUGAAGGCACGAUAUCCGGAUAAAGUCACACUCCUGCGAGGAAAUCAUGAAAGUCGGCAAAUCACCCAGGUGUACGGAUUCUAUGAUGAAUGCCAGCAAAAAUAUGGCAGCGCCACCGUAUGGAAGGCGUGUUGUAGUGUGUUUGAUUACUUGAAUCUUGCUGCUAUAAUUGACGGCGAGACUCUGUGUGUACAUGGCGGUUUAUCACCGGAUAUCCGAACACUGGAUCAAAUUCGACUAUUAUCGCGAGCCCAGGAAAUUCCGCAUGAGGGUGCUUUCUGCGAUCUAAUGUGGUCUGACCCGGACGACAUCGAGAACUGGGCUGUAAGUCCCCGAGGGGCCGGCUGGUUAUUCGGAGGGAACGUCACUCAAGAAUUCAACCACGUCAACUCUUUAAAGCUCAUCGCACGUGCGCACCAACUCGUACAAGAGGGGCAUAAAUUCAUGUUCGACGAACAACUCGUCACGGUCUGGUCCGCACCGAACUACUGCUACCGGUGUGGGAAUCUCGCAUCGAUUCUUACACUUGGCGAGAAUGGGGAACGGUCGUUUACGGUAUUCGGAGCUGCGGAAGAGAAUUCGAGGGAUGAGGCGAUGCUGAAUGGGCGGAAGAAUAAUAUGCAGUACUUCGUCUGA